AUGGAAUCUCUACUUUCGUAUAGGAAUUCUGAAUGCGAGGCACUCAAGGAUCCCUCUUACCUCGAACUCGUAAUAUCUAUGUCGAAAGUUACUGACAUGCAGUCCUUCAAUAGCCUUAUUUUAGUUGGCCUCUUAAUAUCAUAUCUUCCACAGCAUUAUCGAAUCAUUUCCCGAGGAACGGCGGAAGGUAUCUCCCCCUACUUUGUUUUGCUCGGAACCACGUCCGCCACCUCAGGCUUUGCCAACAUCUUGACUGUUCCGCAGUCCAGGGCUGCCAUAGGAUGCUGCAAAGAAUUAGAAGCAUUUCAGUGCACUGCUGGAUUAUUGGGCGUUGCUCAGCUUGGUACGCAGUGGGUCUGUUUCACGCUCAUACUCGUUCUAUUUCUUAUAUUCUUUCGAUACCGAGAUGCGACUAUACCUUCUGAGGAGCUUGCAGGAGAAUCUCCAAAAUGGCAGACCGCGGUCGGUGUCGGCCUUGCCUGUGUCGUGCACGGCCUGCUGGUAGUCAUCAUCACUGGCAUCUUUACAAUUGCUUUGCCGAACCAUCUGACAGCUUGGGCAAACUUCUUGGGGGUUAUGGCUACAGUGUUGGCAGCAAUUCAAUACUUUCCGCAGAUUUGGACCACGUAUCACUUGAAACAUGUUGGGAGCUUGAGCAUUCCGAUGAUGUGCAUCCAGACUCCCGGAGGCCUCUUAUUUGCCGCAAGCCUCUAUGCCAGGCUUGGUCCAAAAGGGUGGAGUACAUGGGCGAUUUAUCUCCUGACAGCCAUCAUGCAAGGCUGCGUCUUAGUACUUGGUAUCUACUACGAGAUGGCGGCGCGACAUCAUGAACGCCAACAGUCGAAUCAAAAUGCCGACGGCACGUACUCCUCCCUGCAAAAUUCAGCGCCACCACGACCUUCACUGGCUAGCAGGACUUAUUCCGAGGGAUGGGAACGAGGCUUGCCGGGCCCUUUCACGGGACAUCCGGAGCGAUACGCUGAAACUGAAGAAGACUUGGACGACAUUCAGGAACGAGAGCAAAGGGCUAUUGAACGGGAGAACCAGCCUUUAUUACGCCCCGGCGGUAUUGGAAAUCCUCGAAAGAAUUAUCGAACUACCAAGAAACGCUAG